AUGUCCUCACCCCCUACCUCCAAAAGGAUCAAAACCACUGUCCCCGCCAACCCUCCCCCUACGCACCCUUUAAGCCAGGCAGGACCUCCUUUCCCAGGUCCUGGCCAAUUUGAAGCGCCUCCCAUGGUGCCGGCUCCUCCACCCACGCAGGCACCACCACCACCACCAGCUGCUGCCCUGCAACAACCAGGAACUCUGCCUACUGUAAAUCCCCGGAAAAGACGUGCGUCAUUCCAACAAGCUGCGCCCAUGUCAACCAUGGCGCCUCCACAGCUAACUGCCCCUGUUGAAGGUGAAGGGAACCCACCAACCGCUGCCACAGCACCAGAGGCAGGAGGCAAAAAGAAAGGUCGAACCAACACCCCAUGGACUGCAGAAGAAGAACAAAGACUCAAGGCAAUGCGAGAUGCCGGUAACACUUGGAGCGAAAUUGCCAAGACUUUCCCGACAAGAACCGAGGGCAGUGUCAAGAAGCACUGGUACAAGGAUAUGCAUUACGCUGAAUUCGCGGAAGAUGAGGUGAGUCACGUCGCUCACAUGCCUAUGGAGCUUAUGGCAUUGACCAUCGCACAGUCGGCCGCCUUGAGGGAAGCCAUCAAAGAAUACGAAUCAAAUAAAUGGAAGGUUAUCGGCCAAAAAAUUGGAAAACCGGCAAAGGUACCAUCUCCUUCGAAACACAUGUCAAAACUUUUGGAUCCGUCGACAUGA